ACAUCGGCUAAUAGUGUACAUGUUGUUGGUACGAGGCCUUAUGGGAGUACCAAAAGCAAAACCAUACUACUGUGGAGAUUCAUGGUUCCUAACGGGAACAACAAUGUCUUAUGGUAAGCUUACAAACUCUAAAUUUUGGUACACGAACAAAAUCAUUGUGUAUGUUUAUUGAUGCAUCUAUCAAAUCUUUUCUUUUUCCUCGUAGAUAAAAAAAGACAGGAUAUCAAAGCUUGUUGUUAUUCCUCUUUAUCCCCAAUUUUCAAUAUGCACAAGUGGUUCGAACCUUGGGCUGUUGGAGGGUAUCUUCCGGAUAAGAAAAUGGGGACGUGUUCCAGCGUUAGGAUGUGAACCUACUUUCAUAACAGAUUUGGCUGAUGCUGUAAUUGAGAGUCUUCCAUAUGUCAGAGCAAUGGCUGUCUCAAAUCUUGAAGCUCGCCAGAUGGAGCAUCAUUUGUGGUUCACUCGACCAAAACAGAAGCCAAAGCAAGGCCGAUAAAAAGGAAUAAAAGGGUCUUUCGGCAAAAGAGCUAAGUGCCAACUUGGUUGAAAAAGAAGUGUGGUGGAGAGAUUUGAACCUUACAGAUGAUAAUUAGAAUUUUGACACUCCAUCAUCAAAACAUGCUUUCGCUUCCACCCUACAGAUGAAGAGCUUGUUGCUUACUAUUUGGAUAGAAAGAUCAAUGGCCGCUCCAUCGAGCUCGAGAUCAUCCCCGAGAUCGAUCUUUAUAAGUGCGAACCUUGGGAAUUACCUGAUAAGUCGCUUUUGCCGAGCAUAGAUAUGGAGUGGUACUUCUAUAGCCCUCGGGAUCGGAAGUACCCGAAUGGGUCGAGAACGAAUCGGGCGACGAGAGGCGGAUAUUGGAAGGCUACUGGAAAAGAUCGAGUGGUUCAGUCGCAGAAACGGGUGGUUGGAAUGAAGAAGACUUUGGUGUAUUAUAAAGGAAGAGCUCCUCAUGGAAUCAGAACCAAUUGGGUUAUGCACGAGUAUCGUCUUCUUCAUUCUCAACACGCCACUGCGGCGUUGUGUUCUUCGACAAAGGACUCUUAUGCAUUGUGUCGUGUAUUCAAGAAGACAACCCAAAUAUCGAAACCCGUAAGGGAAAAGGCAAGCGGAGUUAACGUCGAAGCACCGGUGUGGCAGAUGGGAGACGAGCAAGACAUGCACGUCGAUGAGAAUGGAGGGGCGGAAAGCUCAAGAGGAGGGAUAGAAAGCAAUGAAGAUGGUGAUAGUUUUGAUCACCUUCUUCAUGAGUACAACCCUAAGAUCUUCAGCUCUGAAAACUCUUCCUCCGAUCUCACACAAGGGAAUGUCGCCGAUGACUUGCCGGCUCCGGUGGCCUCCGAUAACGAAGCCAAUAGUGCAGCAAAUAAUCUGUAUCCAAUUCACAUUGAAUGCCCUUCAAAUUUCAUACAGAUACCGAGCAAUCUUCAUUACCAACAUCCUUACUACCCGCCAUUGGAGCUCGAGGACUUCCCUCAGCUGAACAUAAUGGGGGAAACGAAGACAUGGAUGAAAGUCGAGUGCAUGGACGAGUACGUGAAGUUCGAGAAGUUUAGAGAGUCGAUGAAUGGAAGUUUAGAGGAGAUUUUGUCUGCAUGUAGUGUUCCCAUGCAAGAAGAUCAUAAUCUCCAGCAGUACUCUUCCUUAUUACAGUAACGUAAAAUCCUCAAUUCCAAAGCUUACGUUUACUGUACAUUAUAAAUUUACAGUUUACACACUAAAAUCUAUCUCUAAAGUAUAAUGUAGAGAGAGAAAAAGAUAUGAUUUUUGCAUGUUGAGAGAGAGAGAGAGACAGAGAGAGAGAGAGAGCUGACAAUAUCAUAACAUGAAAUUAAGAUAGUUUCAGGAUUCCAUGUAAUGGGUUUUUUUUUUUGGCAUUUACAUGUGUAAUAGAAUCAUGUU